AGCCAAAAUUCUUUUAUGCAUGGAAUAUUGAAGAAGUGGUUAAUUUGUAUGGAGAAUAUAAUACAAAGAAAGUUUAUUCAGCAACUCUUCCAAAACAAAUUUCACACUUGUUGGGCCUAUUGAGGAGCAAUGACUGUCAUUCACCAUGGUCAUUUGUGACAGCACUUGCUUCACAGAUUGCAACUGACAUCUAUCCAGCCUCAGCACUUUUGCAUUUAAAAAUGGGAAUGCUUUUAAACCUGGCAGUUCAGGGAAGCAGUCAGAAGAAGCCAGUACACCUGUUGGCAAUUGGAAGAGAUGUGCUCUUAGCGCAGCGGCUCCUGAGGCGAGGUGGGCAACUGGGACAACGUUAUAUUGAACACUUUUCACCUGUUUUUACCUGUGCUGUUAAUGGAAAUACUCGUGUGGAUGAGCAAGGUCUCCAGUGGACUGAUGCUGGCCCUCUGACACUGGCUAAAAAUGGGGUAUGCUGUCUAGGUGAUUGGGCAAAGUUUUCUCAACACUCAAAGCACACACACAUUGUUUCUGCCAUUGAAACUGGACAAAUUUCAUUCAGACAUCAUGGAAAUGUAACUGAAGGGAUGCACACGAGUCCAUUAGAGUGUUCUGUGUGGACAUACUGUCAGCAUUCUCCUUACAGUUCAAAAUUCUCAGAUCAGAAGCAGAUUAGAAUGCUCAUUAAGUAA